AUGCUUUCUAAGUCUAUCCGGGCAGUAAAGAAUGCCAAGUCCCUUGAGACAAGCUGUAAUAAAACCUACUCUGGUGCAAUACGCAUAGAUAGAAGACUAAACAGCUUUGUUAAUGAGACCAUUGUAAGAGGCGAGAGCAUAAGAUACAUUAUAUUAUCUGAGGAGGAGUUUACACGAGUUUUAGAUGCUGAAAAGACUGAAGAGGGAUAA